AAGGCAAGAUAACUAACUCUAUCCCAAAUCAAAAUCCACUCAACCAAAUUGGGGAAUUAAACGGGGAGAGCUUCAAAACUUCACCAAACAUGCAAGACAGCAAUUCUCAAAGAGAAAAUCAGCAGAGACUUCCACAACACCCUUACUACCAAACAAAAUCAGCUCUCAUCCCGUUUCCUGAAUUUAGCUUUACAUCUCAAUUACCGCUCAGUUUCUACGAUAGCGAGAAACAAUUUUUUGUAGCGAACAGUCCACAAUAUCUUAGUAACGGGUUAGAAGCGACGGAAGCGAUGCAAAGGAGUCCGGCAUGGACUAACACUGCUACGUCAAUGCUCUUUAACAACAAUUUUAAGGAUGGUAAGAAUAAUAACCUUAUACCUAUGCUAAAUCUGAAAUACUCGACGCCUCCCACGCCACCUCCAUCUUCUUUCACUCCCACACCUGCGUCUCCCUCUUGGUACUUGUGUCAAUUGAGUGAUAGGGCAAUACAUGAGAUGGUCCAGUGGGUCAAGGAGCUGCCUUUCUACGGUCAACUACCCCUUGACACUUUAACCCAAUUGUUGACUGCUCGUUGGCACCUCAUUCUGUUACUCAAGAUUACGGCUUCACCCCAAACCCGCCUUAAUGGUUAUAAUGAGCUAACUUGGGGGUUAGAGCGAGCCGUUCCACUCCAAUAUUCUUUGAGAGUUUAUUUAGAUAACUUGAAAAGCCACUACGAAAGCAAGGACCGCGAAUCGAAGAAUGAGAAAUUUUAUAAAGAAGCUAAGGAGCUAAUAAAUUUAUUGUCAACAAUUAUUUCUCGAUUCGCCAACACCAACAUAACCAUUGACGAAUACCAAUGCCUUAAAGUUGUUCUCUUUUUGGAGAACAAUAAUUUGGAGCCUUUCCCCAAGAAAAAUGGAACACUUCAAAUAAGGGAAAAGUUGGACCGUAUCCUGCACUCGUAUUUGACACAAUUGAAUUGUUUUGAUCCCCUGGACCAAAGUCUCUCUCCGACAAAUCACGACAUCAACAUUGAGGAUUGUAAAUUUUCUGGUCGCUACAAAGAGAUCAUCAAAAUUUUGCCAGAAAUUAAAAUGGCGGGUCAGUUACUAAUUUCCACCCGACUAUUUUAUAUACCAUUUUUGCUAAAUCGAGAAAUAACAGGUAACGGUGACGAUGACUCCAAAAAUGUUUAAUUCCUAUAUUCAUCUCUUUACUCCAGUGCAUUUAAAAAUUUAAUCCAAACGACAUGAAAUGUUUUUAUUUAA